AUGAGAAUUAUUUUUUUUUCAACUUAUUUUAGAAAAUUAAAAAUAGAUUCGAAAGAAGAUAAUGUAAUAGAAGUUGAACUGAUCGGAUCACCUACUUGUGAUAUUACUGAAAAUACGGUAGAAAUUUUAGAUUAUCAUGAGGAAUUUUUAGAAGAAGAGGAAAAUUUAUUUAAUUUAUUGCCUUGUAAAACAGAAAGCUCAUUUAGGAAAUUCGAAGAGGCAGUGCGAACAGAUUCAAAUUUUCAAGAAAAAUUGAAAGAGUUAUAUUUUACAAAAUAUAACACUUUAGAAUUGACUGAUGAUCGAGAAGAUUUUUCUGACGACUCUAAAAUUUCAAUUCACUCAGGCAAGGCGUAUGAUUUUAAACCAUUCAUUGAAUAUAAUAUUCGAAAAAUAGCAUCAGAUGAAGUGAUUUCAAUAUUUCCAAGCUUUGCAAAUGAAAAAUUAUAUAAAAAUGAAUAUUUAAAUUGUAGUGACAUUUCUGUAUUGAAAAUUCUUCAAGAAUGUACACAGCAAAAAUUUGCAUGUUUAUCAACUACUUUUAUCAAAAAUCAGAUCAAUUUGUUUGUAAACAAAACAAAGGAAAAUUUAAAAAAUUGGAAUAUUAUAAAAAAGACUGAGGAAUGUAGAAUGAAAUUGCAAAGUAUUAAGCCAAGGGACAUUAUAACACCAGACAGUCAUUCAAUUCAUUUGCAAUCAAUUUUUAAUUUACCUCUAAAUAAUUUUGAAAGCCUUCAAGAUUUUAAUCUAAAGUGUUUAAACAACGAAGAAAUGUCAUUGAACCUGAUGACGAUGUUUCUCCAAGCUUCGGAAUAUGACUGCAAUAAAUUUGUUGAUAAAAAUUUGCGCAAAUUAAUAACAGAAAACUUAGGGGGUCGGUUAACAUGGAAUGGAAUUCAGGAAAAUAUAGCAAUGAAAGAUUUUUAUAUUAUGAAACUAUUAAUUGAUGCAACAAAAAAACAUUUUCCGCAACAAAAUGAGGAAGCAAUUAUUGAAAGCAUUAAACUAGCUCUUAGACGUUUUAAAGAUCGAGUUAGAAAGAGGAAAAUUAGCAUAUCUUCAAUAGAAAACAUAGACAAAGAUAAUAAAAUUUAUUUGGAUGCGUCAGCGCAAAAAGAAGAGGAGAUUGAUAAUGAUAUUACGCAAUUAAAAAGGAUACCAUGUAGAACCAUAAAAGAAUUUCAAGAUUUUGAAAUAUUUUGUAGAAAAUGUAAAAAUUUACAAACAAAUUUAAAAAGAUUAUUUGAUUCCAACCCUAAUGUUGAGGAUAUAGUGAAAUUUAUAUCAGAAAAUUUAAAAAAAAUUGUUAUUGAUUCAGUUUUAAGUAAUUUUACGUACAAUGGUUUGAAAAAUAAUAUUGGAGUUAAGUAUUACACUAUAAUUCGAAUAUUAUUGGAUUCGUUAAUAGUAAAAAAUCCUUACAUUUCGGAAGAAGAAGCGAUAAAAGCUUUGAAAAAGGCCCUUUUACUUGCAAAAGAUAGACAAAGAUCAAUGUACAAAAAAAGAAAAAAAAAUUAACAAAUAGUCUGAUGCCAAAGAUUCUAUUAAUGUAAUUUUUUUUCAAAAUUAUAUUUAACUUUUUUCAAAUUAAUUUAAAGCACUUUAAAUUUUCCAUAAAAGUUUUGAGUUCAAAAAAUUUGCUUAUUAAUGUA